CUUUCUCUCUGUGCCUCUCUCAGACAGCCUCACAGCGCUGGACUGAAAAAAACGCCUCACAGCUCUGCUCUCAGCUUCGGGGCCACCUGAGAAGAUGCUUCAGCGUUAACUCCUCAGGAGAUUACUCUUCAUGCUGCACUGAGAGGAGUUGCAGCUCUGCAGCUCACAAGCUGCUGCUCUUUCUAUCUUUAUCUCUCUUUUAAUUGGGACGCUGGGGAGAAAUAAAUAGCUCAAGACACACUGUUGGGAGGCAAAUGAAUGGAGCAGACUGACAGGGGAUUUCCCCAGGCUGCCUUCUCACCAAUGGACCUGGACACAAGUUUUGAUAUGGCCAAAUUGUAUUUGGCGAAAUGAUUUUUCUUAAUGGUUUGUAAACUGAUUUUUGCAACAAGAUCAUCGCUAAAGAACUUGCAGACUGACCCUUAAGUGGAUUUUCACAAAAAAAAAAAAAUCCACAUCAUAUGUUUGGCUUAAAGAUGUGUUCAAUAGUCAUGCUACAUCAGUGGAGUCUGGCUGUGUUCCUGCUGUGCUCCCCAGUGACUCUCGAUUGGAGACCAGUUGAUGCACUUAGUUGCAGAAUGAGGAGAUCAGUGAGCCAUGCCCAGCUGAUGCACGACAAGGGCCGCUCCUUGCAGGAGUUCAAGCGUCGCAUGUGGCUGCAGGAGCUGCUAGAGGAAGUGCACACGGCCGAUGAACAAGCAGCACCUGUGCAGAGUGGAACCACGAGCCAAACCUUCAGUGGUAAUACUCUACACCAGAAACCACCAGGAGCCACAAAAAACCUCCCUGACAGAUUCAGGCUGGACAGAGAGGGUCCGAAUUUGCCCCAGGAGACCAACAAGGCUGUGGCCUACAAGGACCAGCCACUAAAAGUGGCCACCAAAAGGAAAAAAAAAGUCAGGUUGGGCCGGCGAAGAGAGAAUGACAAGCGGCGGAGGCGGGCACGGGCGGCCACAACAGCCAUGGAUGAUUUGGCACCUUGGCUGAGGGACAUCCAAUAGCCUUGAUAUGGUUGGUACUGCACUAAGACAUUGACACAGUUCCAGCUAGACUGAAAGCCUGACAGACUUGAGCCACACCUGACUCAAAGCCACAGUCACAUGAAGGGCCCGGAGCUGUGCUUGUACAAUAAUAUUUUUGCUAUGUGUGUCCUGUUCUGAAGCAAUCGCAUACUUCCUGGAGUUUCAUCGCAUCAUCUGAAGUCCAUAUUUAUUUGGAAAAAUCUUCACACGUCUUUAACGAAUACAAAAAAAACCCAAAGCAUUAUGUUACCAGCCCCAAACUGCUGUGCACACAAGUAAGAGCACAGAGGAAAUAUUUAUUGCUUGAAUAUAAUGCAACUUCACAAAAUUUGGGAUGCGGAGUGGUCCACUUUUCUUUGGCUGUAUACAAUGUGUUGACUAUCAUGGACUUACAGUUACAGACAAACCGUUAAUACAACUAAUACAUUUCUUUGAACUGUUCUGCCAUAAUUUAUUUCACUUUGAAAGUGUAUAUUUAUUUUGUGAAUGUAUCCUGGUGCUGCUGACGAAAUUCCAUAAUGCACUUUAGUUCUAUCCUGCAAAAGUUCUUUUGUGGUUUGAGUUUUAUUUUGAUGAUCCUGCUUUCCUUCCCGACCCUAACAUCCCUCAUGGACGUGUAACUUAUUGGAUGCUUCAUUAAACCCACUCUUGUCAUUUUA